UCUGAUUAUAUUGCGGAUGUUAGAUGGUUCAGAAUCAUUCCCUGCAUUAAGAGACUCAGCAUUUUUGAGAGGUUGUUUUUAUAUUGCUUCUGUGUUGUUUGGUUCCGGGUGAACAACCUAUUCAUUUCAUUAUGGAGGCCAGAGAGGCUAUGUGGUCUAGCCAAGUUGGUACAGUUUUCAGUACAGAUACUAAUGUUCCAGUUGACAAAGAUUUUACGCAACUGACCAAAGAAAUCAUUGAAGUGCAAAGACAGAUCACUCAAGUAUGGUGGAACAUAAAAAGCCUUGAGGAGUAUGCCAGGCUAGGUAUAUUCCCCAGAGGACUUAGAGUCCAGAUCUUUCCAGCCUUGGAGGUUACCACAGAGUUUAAGGAAGUGUGGGAGACAGGCCUAGCUAAGUGCUCAGUGAUAUUACUGGAUAUGCUUGUGGCUCAUGAUAAAGAUUUGUUGGUAAAUUGCAAGAGUAAAUUACAGGAUUUGGAAACUCAAUUGUUGGUUUUUGAUAAAGAAAAACUGGUAGGGCCCUUCCAGGUUAAAUUAAAGGACAUGAUGGACAAAUAUGAAAAGGAGAUCAUGGAGGGUAAAAAGACGAAAUUCAAUAGAGAUCGAGAUUACGAUCGCCAUGAGGUGUAUAGGUGGAGACAUAGAGGCAAUCGCCGGUAUUGGAAAAAGGGUCAGACAAACAAUAGUGUGACUCCCCCUGCACAACCUGGUAGCUCUAAUGUCAGCAGUAGUGAUUUUUUUAUCAACAAGCGACACAGACGGAGGACAAGAAGGGGCAAACGCAAAUCCAAAAAAACGAGAGGCCAGACAUCGGGGACCUCCACCAGUAUACCGGAAGAAAUACAGAUAAUGGAAGGAGAAGUGCACCCCUCGGACACGGCUCCGGUUGAUUUACCAGAAAACCAACUACAGAUUAUAAAUCUUUCUUCAUAUAUUUUAACAGAAACUGAAAAGUCAGUAUUGGCUAGAGGAUUAUCCUUUUCCCCUAUGAAUUCAGUGGAUAGGUUUGAUUUAACUAAAGAUACAUAUUUAUUUUGCAGGAAACUUGUUCUGAAGCUAUUACAUUCACAACCAUCAGUAUUGGACAAUAUGGAACAUAAUGAUGAGCAGAUAAUGCGGGACCUAGUUGACCUUUUGGAGGAAAAUGAGACAGGUAGGAUGCCUGGUGAUCGCUGCCCAUGUAGAAUUCCUUCUAAGACAGCCCCACCACUGUCCUUGUUUCCAGUGGUUCAAGUGUUCUUUCAAACGGUAAAAAUGGCUAUUCACAGACUUCCAUCUAAUUCCUUUUCAGGAUCCAAUCUUACGAGACAGGAGACGCAAGCCAUCUAUAAAUUGCAAAAGAAUGAUGAAUUCCUAAUAAAGGAAGCUGAUGAAGGUGGUAAUGUGGUGCUGUGGCCCACUGCAAUGUAUAUAAAGGAAGCCAUGAGACAACUGAACAAUUCUAGAUACUACCAGCAUUUACCUUCUGAUCCUACGGAAUAUUUCCAGAGAAAAUAUUUCCAUAUUCUGGAUACAGCGUUUGAAUUUGGAAUCAUUAGCAAAAAGGAACAAUCAUUUCUACAGAUGACACAAGAUCUGAUAUUGCCAGAACAAACCCUACUAGUAACUUGUGAUGUUGAAUCGCUAUACUCUAACAUAUCCCACAAGGAUGGUGUGAAGGCGGUGGAUAAUUUUUUUCAGCAGCAGGUGAGUAGGGAUAGGGAAUUUGAUGUUUUUCUGUUAAGACUUCUGGAUUUUGUUUUGAAACACAAUUUUUUUACAUUUGAUGGACGAUAUUAUUUGCAGGUUUCGGGUACGAAGAUGGGUGCGCGUUGUGCCCCCUCCUAUGCCAAUCUAUUUUUGGGUUGGUGGGAGGGGGCACACGUGUAUCCAUCGCCGUACUUCAAUAAGGUCUUACGUUGGUUUAGGUUCAUUGACGACGUUUUCUUUCUGUGGCAAGGAUCUAGAGAAGAAUGUCUUGAGUUUAUUUCUUUUCUUAAUAACAAUGAUCUCAAUAUCCAUCUGACCACCAAUAUCUCCUCAGUUUCAGUUGAGUUCCUGGAUAUACAAUUGACGGUUGCUGAUGGACGAUUGGAGACUAAACUCUUUCGCAAACUCACUGCGACCAACAGUUUGCUGCAUUUUACUUCCUUUCACCCAUCACAUACAUUGAGUGGGAUACCGACAGGACAGUUCCUUAGGGUGAAACGAAACUGCAGCAACAAUCAGGAUUUCAGAGAGCAGUGUAAUGAGCUCACCAGUAGAUUCAAUCAAAAGGGGUAUCCCAAGAAGAUCAUAUCCAGAGCAUAUCGAAGGGCACAGACUACAGAUAGGAAGAAUCUAUUGCUUCCCAACUCCAAUACUAAACCAAAAGUUGAUGAAACAUUAAGAUUUGUCUCCACCUAUAAUAACCAAUGGGGAAGGAUCAAGGACAUUCUAACAGAUAACUGGAACAUUUUGCUUUCAGAUGCCAGAGUACGAGCAGUCAUUCCGGAAAGACCCUUAUUGGUCUCUAGACGUGCCCCUAAUUUGAAGGACUUAUUUACCAGAAGCCACUUCCAGAAACCAACUCGACAGACUGGAACAGGCACCAGAUAUGUGGGAUCAUUUCCUUGUGGAAAUUGUAAUAUUUGCCAAUACAUGACACCUACCCGGACUUUCUUGAAUCCUUUGGACGGCAGGGAAUAUAAACUCAAAAAGUAUGUUAACUGUAAGAGUACACAAGUCAUAUAUGCCAUAAUUUGCCCAUGCAGAAAAGUAUAUAUAGGAACGCCUACAGAAGCAUUUAUCAACUACUGGAUUGGCUAAGAGAGAUAAGAAAAAUGGGAAAUUGUUAACAUCAGUUGCUGAGCAUUUUCUUGAAUUCCACAACGGUUGUCCGAGGGGUGUCGAAGUAAUUGGUCUGGAACGAGUUUCGAAUAACAUUAGGGGCGGUCUUAUCACUAAUCGAUUGUUGCAGGCGGAAUCAACAUGGAUUUAUAAUUUGCAAACGGUUUCACCGGAUGGACUGAAUGAGGAUUUGCUCUUUUCAGGAUUUUUAGGAUUAUUUGGUGACAAUGGUCCUUGGAUUUCGUUACAGUGGACAGAUUGGAUCGACUCACACACAGAAUUGUGGAUUAGGGUUCGAUACAUCUACUUACCUUAUCUUAUUGGUCAGAAGGGCAGUUUGUAGCAUGAUAUGGAGGGAUAAUGCCAAGAAAUGAUAACACUCCUUGAGAAUUCGUUGGAAAGAUGGAUACUGCAGAAUAUACAAGAAAUUCGAUGUGGAGUCGAUGAACUACAUUUUGAUAGCUGACUGUUUGACAGGGGACUGUUUCUGAACUGGGAGCUGAUGGACCCUACUUGUGGAACUUAUGGACUUACAUUAUGUGGUACAUCUAUACCAAAUGACCCCCCUCUCCCUUUAGUUGGAAACAUUUGGCAUCACUCAUUUCUUUUCCUCUCUUUUGGAUAUGGACUCUUGUCUAUAGAUACUGACCUUUUGGUUCAGUUGAUUCUGGAGAC